GAACUUGGAAUCCGAAUUCCUCGGCCACUAGGACAUGGACCAAGCAGGUUCAUCCCAGAGAAGGAGAUCCUGCAAGUGGGGAGUGAAGACGCACAGAUGCAUGCUUUAUUUGCAGAUUCCUUUGCUGCUUUGGGUCGUUUGGAUAACAUUACAUUAGUGAUGGUUUUCCAUCCACAAUAUUUAGAAAGUUUCUUAAAAACUCAACACUAUCUACUGCAAAUGGAUGGGCCAUUACCCCUCCAUUACCGGCACUACAUUGGAAUAAUGGCGGCAGCAAGGCAUCAGUGUUCCUACCUAGUGAAUCUACAUGUAAAUGACUUCCUUCAUGUUGGUGGGGACCCCAAGUGGCUCAAUGGUUUAGAGAAUGCACCUCAAAAACUACAAAAUCUAGGAGAACUUAACAAAGUAUUAGCUCACAGGCCUUGGCUCAUUACCAAAGAACACAUCGAGGGGCUUUUGAAAGCUGAAGAGCACAGUUGGUCUCUCGCAGAGUUGGUCCAUGCUGUGGUUCUACUCACACACUAUCAUUCUCUUGCCUCAUUCACGUUUGGCUGUGGAAUUAGUCCAGAAAUUCAUUGUGAUGGUGGCCACACCUUCAGACCUCCUUCUGUUAGUAACUACUGCUUCUGUGACAUUACGAAUGGCAAUCACAACGUGGAUGAGAUGCAAGUCAACUCAGCAGGAAAUAUUUCAGUAAGCGAUUCCUUCUUUGAGGUUGAAGCCCUCAUGGAAAAGAUGAAGCAGUUACAAGAAUGUCGAGAUGAGGAGGAAGCCAGCCAGGAGGAGAUGGCAUCGAGGUUUGAAAUAGAGAAGAGAGAGAGCAUGCUUGUCUUCUCUUCAGAUGAUGAUGAAGUUACACCAGCCAGAGAUGUAUCUCGGCACUUUGAGGACACUAGCUAUGGCUAUAAGGAUUUCUCUAGACAUGGGAUGCAUGUUCCAACAUUUCGUGUCCAGGACUACUGCUGGGAAGACCAUGGUUAUUCUCUGGUAAAUCGUCUUUAUCCAGAUGUGGGACAGUUAAUUGACGAGAAAUUUCACAUUGCUUACAAUCUUACUUACAAUACAAUGGCAAUGCACAAAGAUGUCGAUACCUCAAUGCUCAGACGGGCUAUCUGGAACUAUAUUCACUGCAUGUUUGGGAUACGAUACGAUGACUAUGACUAUGGUGAAAUUAACCAGCUCUUGGACCGUAGCUUUAAAGUUUAUAUCAAAACUGUUGUCUGCACUCCUGAGAAGGUUACUAAAAGAAUGUAUGACAGCUUCUGGAGGCAGUUCAAGCACUCUGAGAAGGUUCAUGUUAAUCUGCUUCUUAUAGAAGCUCGGAUGCAAGCAGAGCUCCUGUAUGCUCUGAGAGCCAUUACCCGCUAUAUGACCUGAAUCCUCUCCUCCUUCAACAUGAUCCUGGAAUGAACGGCAAGUGUAGUCUACAAGGGGCUGGAACCCAGCCCCAGGACCAAUGGUAGAUAAAAAGAAUUCAGAAAUCCGUUGUGCCAUGAUUCCUGUAGUGUCUGCUGUUUUACUGUGGGAUACCACUGCUUGUCUAGCAGUGGAUGCUUGGCAGCUUCAGCGUUAGAGCUGUGAGGAAAGGCUGCUGGUCACAGUGUUUGCUCUUUGACAGUACAGGAUGCUGUAUACUUGUUUCAGUACAGCAACUAGUAAUUCUCCAAAGCCUGUUGCUCUGAUAUCACAGAUAACAAGACUUGGAGUGUGUAAGACUGGGACUUGGGUACUAAGUUUAUACGUGAGGAAUCCAGCAGCUCUCGGUGCUGCUUUGGCUGGGGGUGAGUGUGUGGCUGCUCCAACUAAGCUACUAGUGAUUAAAGUGAGCACUGCUACUCCCUGAGCCUACGUACAUACCCUGUGUGGUUUUUCUAUUAAACUUGUACACGUUCUUUGUUUCUCGCAUCUAAACAGGCAUAGAAUUGUUACUCACAGCUCAGCAAAGACCAUGAUGAUGGUAACAGACAGUUUCUUUCAUGAUAGUUUUUAAAAUUCAGUUAUUGGAUGAUAUUACCGUGGCAUUCUUAGAAGAUUUUCUCCAAAGAGCAAUCUUACAAUGAAAGUGUGUGGUUUAUAAGAAAAAUGGGCUAUCUUUUGAUAUGCUGUUUCCCAAGAUUUUCUGGCCCUGGAGGGCAGCUGUCUUGUGCAGAAAAUGUGGAAAAUCUUGCUGCACACUGCUGCACAGUCCAGGAGCUCCUGUUGACCUCCUGACCCUGACUUUGAAGGCGGUGCAUCUCCUUACAGAAUAAAGCUGGAAAAUAUUUUAGUGAGGUUAUCAAAUUUGUAUCUUGAUUUACAAAAUGCUAACUUUGAGAUACAAACAUUGAAAAAUGUAUUAAGUACUUUGUAUUCUGGAACCGUGAAUUGCUUUUGAAGUCUGUCAGUAUUAUUGGUAUUUUUCAAUAAAGAAUAAUUUUCCUCAA